AUGCCCGUGGUUAAUGUCGACGAGCUAGUCCGCCUGCAGCGGAAGCCAGAGGACAUUCGAAAUAUCUGCAUUCUCGCCCACGUUGAUCAUGGGAAGACAUCUUUGACGGAUAGUCUUAUAGCCACAAAUGGCAUCAUCUCACCCAAGCUGGCGGGCAAGAUCCGCUAUCUGGACUCUCGUCCAGAUGAGCAGCUCCGAGGUAUCACUAUGGAAUCCUCGGCCAUCUCGCUGUUUUUCUCGAUGCUUCGGCGUUCCAGCCCCGACGCCGCUCCUGUGCCCAAGGAGUAUCUAAUCAACCUGAUCGACUCGCCGGGGCAUAUUGACUUCAGUAGCGAGGUUUCCACGGCGUCCCGUCUCUGCGAUGGUGCAGUCGUCCUGGUUGAUGCUGUGGAGGGUGUCUGCUCCCAGACCGUGACUGUGUUGCGACAGACCUGGGUCGAGCAACUGAAGCCGAUUCUCGUCAUUAACAAGAUGGAUCGGUUAAUCACGGAACUCAUGAUGAGCCCGAGCGAGGCCUUUUCGCACCUUAGCAGACUGCUCGAACAGAUCAAUGCCGUUAUCGGGAGCUUCUACCAGGGCGAGCGUAUGGAAGAGGAUCUGCAGUGGCGUGAGCGCAUGGAAGACCGUGUCAAUACCUUAACCGCAAAGGACAACAAGUCCAAAAAGCAAAUCGUGGAUGAUGAGUCGGCGAGCAUCACUGAAGCCACCGAGUUCGAGGAGCGCGAUGAUGAGGAUCUCUAUUUCGCACCUGAGAAGAAUAACGUCAUCUUCGGCAGUGCGGUUGACGGCUGGGCCUUCACGAUCAGGCAAUUUGCUGCCAUCUACGAGAAGAAACUUGGGAUUAAACGGACUGUCCUGGAAAAGGUCCUCUGGGGUGACUUCUAUCUGGACCCCAAGACAAAGCGUGUCCUGGGUCAAAAGCAUCUCAAGGGCCGGGCCUUGAAACCCAUGUUUGUGCAGCUUGUUCUUGACAGUAUUUGGGCUGCAUACGAAGCCACCACUGGCGGUGGAAAGGGCAAAGGGGAUCCAGUGUUGCUGGAGAAGAUUACCAAGUCAUUAAACAUCAACAUCCCGCCUUAUGUCCUGCGUUCGCGCGACCCCAAGAACAUCAUGACCACUCUAUUCUCACAAUGGCUGCCUCUGUCGACUGCUGUCCUGGUAUCGGUAAUCGAAUAUCUCCCGAGCCCUUCGUCCGCGCAAGCCACUCGACUCCCGGGCUUGAUUAAAGAUUCACCCGGCGCAGACCAUAUCUCUGAAGAUAUCAAACAGGCCAUGGUUAACUUCAAAACCGGACCUGAAGAGCCCGUUGUUGCAUACGUCAGUAAGAUGGUUGCUAUUCCGGAGAGUGAGCUGUCCUCAAGCAAGAAACGAAGUGGUACUACUAUGACUGCGGAUGAGGCUCGAGAGAUUGCCCGCCGCAAGCGAGAGGAGAUCGCGAAGAUGCAGGCGGAGGCUGGUGGAGGUCCGGGCAACGAUUCCUUCGAGCGGAUGACGUCUGCUUUCGAGAAUGCUUCCUUGAUUACAGAGACAGAGGAGCCAGAAGAAGUGGGAGAGAAGGAGGAUCCAGAGCAUCUCAUCGGCUUCGCUCGACUCUAUUCGGGAACACUUAAUGUCGGAGACUCGAUCUAUGUUCUACCACCCAAAUUCUCGCCUGCAAACCCGCACGCGAGCCCUGAGCCGAAGAAGGUCACAGUCACAGAUCUGUACCUAAUGAUGGGCAGGAGUCUCGAGCCACUCCAGUCGGUGCCGGCAGGUGUCGUGUUUGGAAUUGGUGGUCUAGCAGGCUAUGUGCUCAAAACGGGUACGCUCUGCAGCCAGCUUGAAGGCAGUAUCAACUUGGCUGGUGUGUCAUUGAGCACCCCACCAAUUGUCCGUGUUGCCCUGGAGCCAGUCAAUCCGGCAGAUCUGGGUAAGAUGAUUACCGGUCUGCGCCUUCUGGAACAGAGUGAUCCUUGUGCGCUAUACGAACAACUCCCCAGUGGUGAGCAUGUUAUCCUUACAGCAGGUGAAUUGCACUUGGAGCGCUGUGUGAAGGAUCUUCGUGAGCGGUUUGCUCGGUGUGAUAUUCAAACUGGCGAGGCCAUCGUCCCGUACCGUGAGACUAUUGUCAAUGCCCCCGAGAUGGCACCGCCUAAGAACCCCGAAUUCGGCCGUGGAAGUGUCGUAUCUGUCUCCCCCUCAAAGCAAAUGACCGUUCGCCUACGUGUCGUGCCGCUUCCUGAAGCUGUGACGGAUUUCCUCUCCAAGCAAGUUGGAACUAUCAAACGCCUUCAGUCAGAGAAGCACACUGCGGCCGAGGCGGUGUCAGAUUCCGAAGUUAUUCAACAAGUUGAAUCGGCUGAUGCCGGUGCUACUGGCGAGGCCCGCGAGGUCAAUAUCUUGUCCUUGAAGGAGUUCCGCGACGAACUAGACAAGGUUUUCGAAGAGGAGGUCCAGGGUGACAAGGAGCUGUGGAAGAACGUCGUCGAAAAAAUCAUUAGCUUCGGACCUCGGAGAACUGGACCCAACAUUUUGGUGGAUGCUACAACGGUCAACACCUGCGAGAAAUUCUUGCUCGACGACCCCAAACAACCCAACCCCCAUGACCAACAGGCCCUUUUGGUCCGCGACUUGUGCGACAAGAUCGCGUAUGCCUUCCAGCUGGCAACAGGCCAGGGACCUCUAUGCCAGGAACCAAUGCAAGGCAUCGCCGUCUUCCUCGAAGAUCUCACCGUGCACGCCAGCUCAAACGACGAGCUCGAUAUGGGCAGAUUGACCGGCGACGCAAUCAGACUCGUCCGCGAAGGCAUCUCGCAGGGCUUCUUAGACUGGAGUCCUCGAAUCAUGCUUGCCAUGUACAGUUGCGAGAUCCAAGCAACCACCGAAGUCCUAGGCCGCGUCUACGGCGUAAUCACCCGCCGCCGCGGUCGCAUUCUUUCCGAGGUAAUGAAAGAAGGCACGCCUUUCUUCACCAUCCUAGCCCUUCUCCCCGUGGCGGAGUCCUUCGGAUUCGCCGAAGAGAUCCGCAAGCGGACCUCCGGCGCUGCGCAACCGCAGCUGAUCUUUGCGGGCUUUGAAGCGCUCGACGAGGACCCGUUCUGGGUUCCCGCUACAGAAGAGGAGCUGGAGGAUCUUGGUGAGCUUGCGGAUCGGGAGAACGUGGCGAAGCGGUAUAUGGAUGCGGUGCGCAAACGGAAGGGACUUGUUGUGCAGGGGCGCAAGUUGAUUGAUGCGGAGAAGCAGAAGACGUUGAAGAGGUAG